AACUCAGGAAGUUAGGGGGGGUUAACUUUAAAAAACAUGGAUAAAAAAGCACGAUAUUGACGUGCAUGCUUGUAAAGUGUAGGGGAAGUUGACCUUGAGCUUUUAUUUUGAAAACUGCAACCGGAAGUGUGGGUCGUGAAGUUUUGCGCUGCUUUGACGCUUGGUACAAGGAAAAAAAGGAGCAGGAUGUAGCGGUACAUGCAUCGGGCUCGCUUCACAUCAAUCCAGCCGUCAGGAGUCCUUCUGUGUUUUUCUAUCGACGCGGUGAGCUGGGUUUGGGGGAUGGGUGUUGUAAGGAUCGCCAGCAGAGUAACGAGUAACGUUUGAAAAGAUGUCCAACAUCCUCGAUGCGGCGUCCAAAGUGAGAUGGGACCGCACGGCUGCGGCGAAGCGAGCCGUGUUUCUCGCGGCGGCUGCUUACGGCGUCAAAACACUGUACCCCAUCAUCUGCAAGCAGCUCAGCAAGAGCAAGAGCAAAGAUCCCGGGGAUACCCGCCGGGUCUCCAAGGCGGAGAACGGCUCCACUUGUUUGGUGAAGACGCAGAUAGACGCUGCGGAUCAGAAGAAGGCGUCCCCGGGGGUGAAUGCAGAAUUUUUCAAGCAGAUCCUCGAACUUGGUAAAAUCCUCUUCCCCAAGCUCGUGUCCAAGGAGCUGGGCUUGCUCUCCUUGCACUCGGUGGCGCUCAUAUCCAGGACGUUUCUGUCUAUUUAUGUAGCCAGCUUGGACGGGAAGAUAGUCAAGACGAUCGUGGAGAAGAAACCCAAGCGCUUCAUUCUCCAGCUGAUCAAAUGGCUCCUCAUUGCCAUACCGGCCACGUUCGUCAACAGCGCCAUCCGGUACCUGGAGUGCAAACUGGCUCUGGCCUUCCGCACCCGGCUUGUGAACCAUGCAUACCGGACCUACUUCACCAAUCAGACCUAUUACAAAGUCAGCAACAUGGACGGGAGGCUGGCAAACCCGGACCAGUCUCUCACCGAGGACGUGAUGAUGUUUUCCCAGUCGGUGGCUCACCUCUAUUCAAACCUCACCAAGCCCAUACUGGACGUGAUGCUGACCUCCUACACGCUCAUACAGACCGCCAGGUCCAGGGGGGCUAACGCCUCUGGGCCGACCCUGCUGGCCGGGCUUGUGGUGUUUGUCACGGCUAAAGUCCUGCGUGCCUGCUCGCCUAAAUUUGGCAAGCUGGUGGCCGAGGAGGCUCACAGGAAAGGCUACCUGCGGUAUGUGCACUCCAGGAUCAUUGCAAACGCCGAGGAGAUAGCUUUCUACAGGGGACACAAGGUGGAGAUGCGCCAGCUGCAAAAGUGCUACCGGGCCCUGGCGGAGCAGAUGAACCUGAUCCUGUCCAAACGUCUCUGGUACAUCAUGAUCGAGCAGUUCCUCAUGAAGUACGUGUGGAGCAGCAGCGGGCUGGUUAUGGUUGCCGUGCCGAUCAUCACAGCUACCGGCUUUGCUGACAACGAAACAGCAGACGGGCAGACGCAGGUACUGGUGAGCGAGAGGACGGAGGCCUUCACCACCGCCCGCAACCUGUUGGCAUCGGGAGCCGACGCCAUCGAGAGGAUCAUGUCCUCCUACAAAGAGGUCACAGAGCUGGCAGGCUACACCGCACGGGUCCACAACAUGUUCAUGGUGUUUGAGGACGUCCAGAAGGGUGUUUACAAGCGCUCCACUCUAUCAGCCACAACGGGAGCAGAGAAGAAGAGCAAGCCUGAGAUGCAUAUAGACGGACCGCUGGAGAUAAAGGGUGAAGUGAUAGACGUGGACAACGGCAUCGUUUGCGAGAAUGUCCCGAUUAUUACGCCGAACGGAGACGUAGUCGUGUCCUGCCUGAACUUCCAGGUAGAGGAGGGCAUGCACCUAUUGAUCACGGGGCCUAACGGCUGUGGAAAAAGCUCCCUGUUCAGGAUCCUCAGUGGCUUGUGGCCCGUCUACGGUGGCCGGCUACACAAACCGUCUCCUCAGCACAUGUUCUACAUCCCUCAGAGGCCAUACAUGUCCAUGGGUUCACUGCGGGACCAGGUGAUCUACCCAGACUCAGUGGAGGACAUGGCUGCUAGAGCCCUCAGUGACAAGGACUUGGACACUAUCUUGGACAUAGUCAACCUCAAGCACAUUAUCACCAGAGAGGGAGGCUGGGAUGCCGAGCUGGACUGGAAGGACGUGCUGUCAGGAGGCGAGAAGCAGAGGAUGGGCAUGGCUCGCAUGUUCUACCACAAGCCCAAGUAUGCUUUGCUGGAUGAGUGUACCAGCGCUGUGAGCAUUGACGUGGAGGGAAAGAUUUUCCAGGCUGCUAAGGACUCUGGCAUCUCUCUGCUGUCCAUCACACACAGACCCUCCCUUUGGAAGUACCACACCCACCUGCUGCAGUUCGACGGCGAGGGAGGCUGGCGCUUCGAGCAGCUGGACACGGCGACGCGCCUCUCCCUCACCGAGGAGAAGCAGCGGCUGGAGGCCCAGCUGGCCGGCAUUCCCGAGAUGCAGCAUCGCCUCAACGAGCUCUGCAAGAUCCUCGGAGACGACUCUGUCCUCAAAACAGCCGAGGAGUGAGAGUGUGAGAGAAAGGGUGGGGGAAGGGAGGAAGGGAAGAGGCCCAGGGGGGGAGAAGAGACAAGAGAGUGUGAGAGAUGAAGAGGCACUGAAAGAAAAAGAAACCCGCAGGGAGUUUGCUCGUAUUUUUUUGUUUUGCUUGUUUAGAUUUAAAGCAGGAGAGCUCUUACCGCCUGUUAGUCUCUCAGUCGUCCUUUCUCCCUCUUCUUUUAAUCUCUCCUCCAGGCGGAGAAGUGGAGGGGAAGAGUGAAGUGGAUCCACAAGUAUUAUUCCCCCCUUGUUACGCACAUCGACUGCAUAGAUUUUAAAUGUUUUGCUUUUAGCGUGCAUCAUUUCCCAGAUCAAUUUGUCGCACUUCAAAGGCAGCAAAACCGGUCGACCCAAAUUUAACAAAGAUUAUUAAUUUGUUGUUUGUUUGUUUUAUAGCACUUUACUCUGCUUUUAGAGGGCUGGUUCUGUUUGCUGUCGCAGUGAACAAAGCUGCGUUUUAGCUGGAAGAUUUUUAAUAUUGAACCACUAAAAAAAAAAAAAAAAAAAAAAAAAAAUUGUCCAAAGCAGUAUUCCACACCCGAUACACUGGGUUGUGCAGGAUCCACAUUUGUCAUAAUUUUAGCAGUAGAUUUGAGUUUUUACUGGACUAAAUAUGACGUCUCAGUUUUGAGAGGUCCGAAGAGACUAUUUUUCAAAAUGUCACAAUAUGCCUUUGUUUGAUUUUGUGUAUCUAGCCGCGGUACAAUCCCUCAUUCCUUAUACCUCAUCGUAGCCUUUGUUAUGUUAUCGCAGACCCUUGAACCGCUGAUCUCGGCUCAGUUCUUACACGCGGCCAGCAAAGAAAAAGAGCCAAACCUUGGUCUGUUAUUAGAGCGAUUAGUGACGCAGGUCUGACUCCAAAACUAUAUGUUACUGGUUUGUUGAACAAAUACAAUGAGCUAAAGAGGCCCCCUUCAAGAGGAAGCUGACCCCGGUAGUCCGAUCUGUUUAUGAACAGUGACACAGGUAGCCAUUCAGACCAUGUAAAUGUCAGACGCGUACACACACACACACACCGACCACCUGUCGAAGCUCCUCUGUGUUGACAUAAAACACGCUCAUGUGUCUGCUGUGUGUCAGAUGCCUCCAGGGAGUCUGCUUUGUCAGCAGUGCUGAUCGUGCUCUGUGGAGCCUGUUUAUUAUGGUGUGAUGGUUGCUGGACAAUGAGCUAAGACACAAUGUUAACUUAGUCAUAUGAAUUUGACUAGGAUGUACAAGAGACUCUAGUCUUUAUUUGUCAUAUCCGUUAUAAUAUACGAGGCCUUAUUGGGUCAUAUUUCAUUUGUAUGUUGCAUAACAGGGCUAAUAUACAACAAUAAAAACAGUCAGACUUCACAGAUUGCAGAUGCUGGAGCAGGUCGAGAUUUCAUUUUCACUUUGUUGCCUCCUGACUAAUGGCUGGCAUACAUCUUGGCUAUCUUCAUUUAGCCUCCAUGUUUUGUUACCAGCAACUUGUCUGAAGUUGUGUGAUACUGUGAAAUUAGUGAUUUGUUAAAUUAACAUCCUUUUUGUUCUUACGAAGAAAAAAAAAAGAAGAAGUCAUAAACGCUGUGUUCUCCUGUGGUGGUACAUUUUGUGGUUCAGAUUUAAGUGUGUGUGAGAGUGUGUGCUUGCCGCGCCCAGCAUAAAGAGUUUUGUAAAGAGUGAAACAGGAGAGGGGAUCAUGGCUGUUUGUGCCAUUAAUUUAUAGUCUUUCAGAUUUCACCAUAUGGCACAUAGAGUUGUAUAUUUUUGCGGUUUCAAUUGGGCCAAAAGGCCACCAAGCAAUACAAACUAUCACUGCAUUUGAGAAGCAAAAAAAGCAUUUUCUUUUUUGUCCUCGGUUCACAUUUUCCCCUUUGUUAAAUCACAUAGCCAGUUAAAAGUGUGGAAGCAUCUUUAAUUAGGAAUACGGUGAAAUCUGUAUGUAUUUGAAUGAGUGGUCCAGAUGUUACCACAAACAGGAUGAAAACUGCUGGAGUCCUGUACGUACUGCAUACCGGACUCGAUCACUGUGUCACUUUGAGGCUCGAGUGACCGGUACAGAUCGAGUCAUCUCACUGGUUUGAAUAUUUUGUUACUGUGCUUCUGCUUGGUGAACACACCCGCCAUGUCUGUGUCGCAGAGAAAUGACAAUCAGUCACAUCAGGAGCAGAAUACAAACAAAGUGCACUGCUACAUUUCAAUUUACGUAUAUGACCGCCCCUGAAUCAUCUCAUUUGUUAUGGAACUCAUCAUGUAAAUUGUUGAGCCUAAGUUUAAGUUUUAGACCGAGCUGUUUCCUGCAACAUCUUUUCUCCAUUGAGACUUUAAACCUUUGCAACCUCCCCUUUUGGCUUUUAGUGUACAGUUCAAGAAAAGGACUUAAGACCAUUUCGAUGCAGCUCCUCUCUGCUCUGAUGAUGGCUGCUAGGUUACAGAAGGACAAACUUUUAUUCCCCCCCAAAAUGUGACUGGACAAGAAAAAUAACUAAUUAAAAAUGCCAAUACACUCCUUUAAUAUCUAAAGGAAUAAUAACUGGAAUGCUCUGCGAUGGUCUUGUGUUAUAAUCUGGACAAUUAUAUUUGGUACGCAAAGAGAGCAUCAAAGGCAUUACUGUAAGGCUUGAACAUAGCAUGGCAAGCCUUUUUUAACAGCGUUCUGUGCUGCAGAGUUUUUGACCUGAAAUAAAUAACUUUGCGUGCCAUCCGUCAGACUCUGUUGAUAGGAGGCCAGAGAGCCGCUGAAUGACACAAAGUCUGCCAAGUGACACCGGAUCAUGAGGUCAGCUCGAGAGCAGACAGUGCCUGAAAUUCAUAGGCAUGACCAUAGCUUCGAAUCUUUACAAAGUCAGAAGUACUGUUAUUUCAUCUUGAAAGGAUUGUGUAAUAUAUGAUGAGGUGCCAUUUUCCUUCCAGUGAGCAUACUAUGUCCUGUGAUCACAGGCAACUAUUGGUAACAGACCUUAAAUCGACUUUUAUUCUUAUUUAUCUAUGUCUUUAAAGGGCCUGUAUCCAAUAUUCUUAGAUAAACAAUGGAUCACAUACAGUACAUGUAUGUAAACAAGGUAGCUGAUAGUGAUAAACAAUUAUAGCUCAAACCUAAAGUUCCCUUGAGCUCUAUAGAGCUUUUUAGUGACUUGUUUUGGUUAUCCAACCCCAUGAGCUCCUAAAGCAGGCUGCAUCCUUUCUCCCUGGCACCAAACAGCAAACAAAGUUGGCAGCUAGCUAGUGAACAUGGGGCAAGUGGGAUAUUUAACUAGCAACUAAAUAGCCUAAUUUAAUCUCAAAAGCAAACAAGACUAAAGGUGGAGUAAAUAUUGGAUUUAUAUUCAGGUCAUUUCUGCUGCUCCCAAGUGGCCAGAAAUAGUUAUUUCAGGUUUAAUAUUACAGACCUUUUCUGACACUUUCCACAACUUUACUAUUUCAGUUUACUCUCACCACUCUCAUAACACUGAUUUCAGCCUAGCUGGCAGCUGUUUUAAAUGAGUUCCUAAAGUACACUUGCUGCCUGGCACCGAACAGCAAACAAAUUUGGCAGCUAGCUAGUGAACAUGGGGUAAGUGGAACAUUUAGCAAGUAGCCUGAUUUCCUCUCAGGAGUUGGUGGACAGCAAAAACAAGUCAAAAAAGUGGAGUAAAUAUUGGAUUUAUGUAACUCCAAAUUAAAGAUAAUAGGCCACUGUUUGCUAACAAGUUAUCUAUAUCAACAGAAAAGGAUGUUAACAGUUAGUAUGUAUGUUCAGGUUGUUUCUGCUGCCCCCAAGUGGCCAAAAAUAGUCAUUUCAGGUUUAAUAUUACAGACCUUUUCUGUCGCUUUCUAGUUUCUUUGACUGAAGUUGGUCUGGGUUAGUUACAAAAAGUCUCUGCAUUGUCAUUUCUUUUAAUAUGACACCUCAUCAUUUCUUACCCGUUAAGUAAACCUGCAAAGAUAGCUUACUUCCCAGUGAAGAUAGGCCUUUUAACCGCCUACACUGUAUGAACCUGCUAUAUACUGUAAUGACAUCCUUACUAACAAAACUUUGAUACUGAAAGUUUUGCAUUUUAUCACCCCUUUUUGUAGGUAAGAGAUUGAAUGUAUCCAUUAUGUAUGAUAAAGCACCUCUAAGGGUUACAAAGACAAUGAAUACAUGUGGUCAGGUCAUAAGAGGUUCCUUUUUGUUUGAUAAAUGAUCAUUUUAUAAUUGUGUUAAUAGUGCAUGUAACAUUGUUUUAUUAGAGCCACAGUGUGGUGUUUGAAUUUGGAUUUAUUGUACAUGUGUGUGAACUGGGAUUAUGGGCAAGGAAACUGUUUCAGCUUGAAUUACCAUGUUAUUCAAAUGGUGUAGGACAGUCAGAUCAAUAUUUAUGACAGAAUAAUAUAGGAAAGACAGAUAGAUGACCAUGAGUAAAGUAGUUCUCUGGUUUCUAUCUUAAUGAGUGUGUUAUUCAGGUUUUUGAGGUAUUAAUUAGACUGUCCUGGACCUCAGAGGUAACAUGUGAUUCUCCCUCAAAACCAGGGAUUACUACACUUUGUAGUUACUACAUAUUCAGAGAGCUCUGUUUGCGAUCACAACUCUCGUACAUAUAACUAUUUUAUAUUUUGAACUCCUGGAACAAUAGCCCAGACUUCCUUUAAUGGGAUCUCAUUGUGCAUGUGUAGGAAUCUGUAUUCUUUAACCUUAGAACCAAGAGAGGUACAUUGGCAUAAAGGUCAUCAUUUCAAAAAUCAUGUGCUAUGGUCACUUUAUGUUGAAAGAUGAAGAUGUAUUUUUCUUGUAAAUAAAAAAUACAGUGCAACCUCGGAAAAAA